UGCCAUUUCUAGACAUGUCAAAUCAACUACCUAUUUAUUGCUUUACCAAUUUAAUAGAAUAUUACUACUAUUUAAUUAGAUAUAGACAUUAAUAAUGAAUAUAUUAUGUUAUUUUACUGGUAUAUAAAUUUAAUUAGCUAGAUAUAUAAAAUAUACCAUAACCUAAUGGUAACUCUGAAACCACGAAUCAUAAUUAAACUCUUGACACUAUUUAAAAAAAAUACCUUUAAAUUAAAUAACAAAAUAAUUUUUAAAUAAUUAUUAUUCUGCGGGGAGAAUCAAAUAAUUUUAAUUGCAGUUAUAGUAACAAUAACUUAUUUAUUAAUAUGACGGAAUAUUGGAAAUCGCAGGCAAGAAAGUAUUGUGAAUUUUGCAAGUGUUGGUUUGCUGAUAACAAAGUUUCAAUAUCAUUUCAUGAAAAUGGAAAAAGACAUAAAGAAAAUGUCCAGAAACAUAUAUCACAACUCAGCAAGAAAAGUGCAAAGGAAUUCAAACAAAAAGAGAAAAUUGAUGAUGAUAUUAAGAAAAUGGAAACAGCAGCAAUGGCUGCGUACCUUAAAGAUGUACAAAAUAAUGCAGAUCUCACAUCACAGAGUAUAAAUGAGAUGAUAGGUCAGAGCGGUUGCAACAAUGAAGAUUUACAAGUAGGUAUUACCAGUGUACCACUUGCAAAGGAAGCUUCUCCCGUCUGGCAGGAAGUUAAAGGUGAUAAUGAAAUUUCAUACUUCUGGAAUACUAGUACAAAUGAAACUACUUGGGACCCUCCUGAUGAGUAUUUAUCUCUUGCGCAACAAGAAGAAAACAAAUUGAAACAAGCAAAAGAAGAUAAAACAAAAGAAAAAAUUAAAAAACAAAAACAAAAAGAAGCAAUUAAGGAAGCAAAAGCCCAUAUGGCACGAGAGAAAAUGAAAGAAUUGUCUGUAAACAAAGAAGAAACACCAUCACCCAAGAUUGUUGACUACGGACCAGCACCUCGCGCUGCUAAACCCUACGGUUCCUGGACACUUGUUGUUAAUGAACCUGUAGAGAAGAUAGACCUUCAGUUGCCAAAACCAGAGAAGCAGCCACUUCCGCCUCCGGUGGUGGUACAACCAGAAGUAGUCCAAUUCAAAGAAAAACGUGUUGAAUCACUUGGAGAGGGGCCGGUCGAAUUCAAAAAACGGAAAUUGAAUACCUCCAAACGAAAUAUGCGCCAGAAAAUUGAUGACGAUUAAAAUAUUUGUAACAAUAAAAAUAUUUUAAUGUAAUAACGACCGGAUUAACUUAGUGUAGUCGAGAAAACUCGACUUGUUUAGUCUAGUUAUUACAUUAAAAUGUUAUAUCAACUUACAAAACAUUAAACUAUAAAAUAAAUUAUUUUUACACUA